AUGUCUUCCUCUUCAGACGACACGAGAAUAUCAGCGGCAGAGCCUAGUAUGAAACCCACUGACUUCUAUAAACCAUUGGAAGCGGGUGAGAUUCGUUUGGUGAGGCUUUUCUCUGGCCAGUGGGAUGACGUUAUCACUUGCGAUAUCCAACAUUGGCCGUUGCGAGAAUCACCCCGAUAUUAUGCGCUAUCAUACGCCAGGGACAACCUGUAUGAGGAUACCAAGAUUGUGGUCAAUGGGCAAGACAGCUGUGUGGGUGAAGGCCUCUACGAAGCUCUUCGACAGUUCCGGCAGAUGUUGAGCAAUGCCGACUCGAUCUCGGCUCCAUCCUUUGCAGACAAGACGUUUGAGAGCUUCUGGAUCUGGGCCGACUAUUUGUGUCUCGAUCAACUCAAUGAAAAAAAGAAGGAGAGGGAGAUCCCAAGAAUGGGGGAAAUUUACGGGCGGGCAGAACGCGUCCUCGGCUGGCUCGGAGAAAACGAGAAGACCGAGGAUGAGAGUGUAAAACUCCUGAUGAAGCUCUGCAGCAUCGAGGCUCCGGUUAUGGAGGAACCGUAG